AUGGUCAACUCAAGAGGGGGCACUUUCACACCUUCGCCAGCGCAGCAACCUAUUGUGACCGGGGUCAGUCAUUCACCACACGGCUCUCACCACAGCACUUUCAGUGCAGGCGCGAGCCCGAGUACAAAUAGUCCCACCACUGGGUCCAACCCUCUCGCCAAGAUUGUCGUCGCGCAAGUAUACCUACUGCUUAGCACAAUCAAGGAAGACAAAGAUCGCACAAAGUGGGAACAGCAAGCUGAGCAGCUCAGAAAGCUGAUCGAUGAGCACGGUAUGGAAGUAUUUCAAAAAUACUUCAGCCGUCUCGUGGUUGGAAAUGCCCCUCAAAUCUUUCCCGGCAUCAACCGGUCGGUAGCCAAUCCUGGCAACUAUCAAAUCCUUGUGAACGAGCUGCGCAAGGUUUCUCACGAUGUCGACCAGGCUGGGAAGAUUGCAGAGUCAAUAGAAACGGCAAAUGAUGAUUUGUUCCGCGAUUUCGAUCUAUCAACCUUCAUGGAACAUUUCAAGCUGGACGCGCUCGAGAAGACAGUUCUAGCACUUGCUUUCAAGACUGGCUCGAGGCCAGAUUUGAAGACGAAAGCCGAUGCCAUUCUCUCUGCGAACUUUACACCAUUUCUUCAAUACCUUAGCCGCCCUCCCCUUGAUUACGACAACCCCUCACCCAAAUUUCUUGCCACGAUCAUAGAUCGGUUCAUACAAGAACACCCUCCAAAUUUCGACCAACAAGCAAAGUUAGACCUCCGACUUGCUGUUCGUUUUCGCUAUACUCUCGAAGGACAAGAUAUUGGAACCCCGACCGAGAUACUUGCCGCACUUUACCUAAUGGCGACUCUCAGCGAUGGAUAUCCUUUGACAUUAUCCAUACGAAGGGUUGGUCCAGCUUUCACCUCAGAUGAGGAGACGUGUAGAAAUUAUCUACGGAGUCUUGGCAACAUCAGGCUGGACGAGGAGCAGGUGGCAGCUGCUCUCGUCUAUACCACGAUCAGUCGAACACUGUCCUUCUCUCCGGCGAUCUUGGUUAGCAGCCUCCGAAGGGAGGUUUCGCGAGACUUUAAUUGGCAGCAAGUUUUGGAACAUUUCGAUCAACCUGAGUUGAGGGUCACACAGGACCAGUUUUUGACUCUGUAUCAAGCUCUUCGCCCACUUGCCGCCGAUGGGGUUAUCGACAUCCAGCAGAUGUGGGGCGGAACCUGGCAGAAUUCAGAAACGCAGCUGUCUUUCCUCAGUGCUUUUGCCUCCUUGAAGCCAACGCAACUUGAUGCCACCACGAUUCCAAGGCUCCAGCCCUCCUUCACAAUGAACGAUUUUACCGGUUCUGACGAAGAGGUCCGGGAACGGGCCGCUCAGGGAACAAGGCACCCACUCGUUUCGGUGGUCGCCCUUUCGGCCAUGUUUCAUGUCGCUUUACAUACACCAACAGCAUCGGACACUGUAGAAGCCAAGAGGUUGUUCCAGGAGGUGGUUGUCCCGAAUUUGGAUAUAUUCCUGGUAUCAGCCUUUGGUGUUCCCAAGCCUUGGCCAGAGUUGGCAAUCGACACUCUCAACAAUCUGUUUGAUCGGUUUCUCUUCAAGUUCGAUCCUAACUAUGAUUUUGUUCUCGAAAGCUUAUGGCGUAAGGACAAGCCUUGGGUAAUCGCGCGACUUGUGGAAGCCCAUGCAAAGGCACCUAUGGAACUGCCUACCAUUUUAGAUCACGCUCUUAGACAUCACUGGCUUGACGAGCUCACGGUGUUUCUCAAUGGCUUCGGGCUUGAUUUGGCGGCACUGGCCCACGCUAAGGGCGCGUUGGAUCUUACAACAUGGGCGCAGAUAAACUCCGCUCGGAAUCAGGAACUUGCCCAAUCUCUCCUGACCUUCCUCAAUAUCAAGGCUCAGCAUGAACUUGCAUUCCAACGCUCAGACACAGAGCAGCUGCACAGCGUCAUGCUCCCGGUUAAAACUGUGUCAGCGUUGUUGAAUAUUUUGGAGAGCAUCCUACCGAAGGAGCCAUCACAAGAGUUGAUUGUCGUCCAAAGAGCUUGCAUCACAGCGUAUCCUCGACUUAUCAACUAUGGAGAAGGAUUCGAUGAUAUCAUUGAUGCCAAUGGAAAAGAGAAGAACUCUUUACCCAAGGAAGCCAACGACAAGAUGGAGGAACACUACAAGCGAAUGUAUAGCGAGGACCUCCAAGUUCGAAAUGUUGUGGAAGCUCUUGAUAAAUACAAGCAUUCCCGGGACCCGUCAGACCAAGACGUCUUUGCUUGCAUGAUCCACGGACUAUUCGAUGAGUAUACUCUUUACGGCACAUAUCCACUCGAGGCUCUUGCGACCACGGCGGUUUUAUUCGGUGGUAUCAUAUCACACAAGCUCAUCAACGAUUUGCCCCUAGAAAUCGGCCUCGGCAUGAUCCUUGAAGCUGUUCGAGAUCAUCCCCCAGAACAGUCGAUGUACAAAUUUGGGCUGCAGGCUCUGAUGCAACUAUUCUCUCGUUUCCGCGAGUGGCCUGGAUUCUGCACGCGACUAUUACAAAUUCCAGGUCUGCAAGGAACUGAGGCCUGGAAUAAGGCCGAAGAGGUAGUCCGUGAUAGCCAAGAAGAGAUGGCACGUAAUGGUCUCGGAGGUCGUAGCGAAAUGAUGAAUGGAGGCGUCACGAAUGGCAACAGGGAUGGACUGCUUACAACCGAGCCCAGUGCACCCCCAUUUACUUCGAUCCACGUCGACCCCCCUCCUUUCGGCAUUGGUGAAGAGCCCAGUGGAGAGACUCAGGAGAAAGUUCUAUUCGUCCUUAACAACAUCACUGGGGAAAACCUCGAAUCCAAGUUCAAUGAGCUCAAGGAUGUUAUUCGCGAUGAGCAUCAACAGUGGUUUGCAGAACAUCUUGUGGAAGAACGGGCGAAGAUGCAACCCAACUAUCACAAGUUGUACCUGGAUCUUGUGAAACUCUUUGGCAAGAAAUCGCUCUGGUCAGAAGUUUUGCGCGAGACCUAUGUCAGCGUCAGUAGGAUGCUCAAUGCCGAGACCACAAUGCAAUCUGCAACGGAGCGGAGCCAUCUCAAAAACCUCGGGGGUUGGUUAGGAUCGAUGACUCUUGCCCGUGAUAAGCCAAUUAAACAUAAGAACAUUGCGUUCAAGCAACUUCUCCUCGAGGCUUUCGAUACCCAGCGUCUCGUCAUUGUUAUUCCGUUCGUCUGCAAGGUUCUCGUCCAAGGCCAUUUAUCAACUGUCUUCAAACCUCCAAAUCCCUGGCUGAUGGACAUCAUUCAUCUCCUGAUAGAGCUUUACCAUCACGCAGAGCUCAAGCUCAAUUUGAAGUUCGAGAUCGAAGUCCUUUGCAAAGACCUGAAGCUUGACUACAAGACGAUUGAGCCUUCCUCGGAAAUUAUGAGUCGCGCUCCUCCAGUCGAAGAGCCAGCCGAGCCUAUGGCACCCGAAAUGAUGGACAGAUAUGACAAUCUCUCCAUGAAUGGUAUGACCACUGGUGUUGCGGGCGGACGAUUCUCUCCCCACGAAAUCACGUCGUCUAUUCCGGACCUUGGACCUUUGCUUCAGUACCCGCCUGCGAAUGACAUGGUGAAUCAAGUUCGAUUACAAGAGAUUGUGAGAAGUGCAAUCACACGCGCAGUUCACGAAAUCAUCUCUCCAGUUGUUGAACGCUCCGUGACAAUUGCAGCCAUCUCCACGGCUCAGAUGAUUCACAAGGAUUUUGCCACUGAACCGAACGAAGCCCGUGUACGAUCAGCAGCUAUCAAUAUGGUCAAGAAGACAGCCGGAAGCCUUGCUUUGGUGACCUCUAAAGAACCAUUGCGAGCAAGCAUGACCAACUAUAUUCGUGCAUUAUCUGCCGAGCUGCCACAAGGACUACCUGAGGGCACUAUCAUCAUGUGUGUCAACUCUAACCUUGAAUUGGCCUGUAGCCAGGUUGAGAAGAAGGCAGAGGAACGCGCAGUUCCCGAAAUUGAGGACAUGAUCGAACCAGAGUUGGAGGCUCGCCGUCACCACAGGAUGACUAGGCCAGAUGAGCCUUACUUUGAUCCAGCCUUGAGUCGCUGGUCUUGGACAAUCCCUAAUCCAUUCAAGCUACAGCCAUCUAUGGGCGGUCUGAACCAGGAGCAGAUGGCUAUUUAUGAUGAGUUUGCUAGACAACCACGAGUGCCAUCUUUGGGGGGCACGACUCAUGUAGCCUCGUCGUCUGACGCAACAAGAUCAAUGUCAAAUGAUAUCUUACAAGAACAGUACCCCUCAAUGCCCAGCCUACCAACACCGGCGGAACCUCCUGCCAUGCCGCAUCUCAGCGCUCAGCAGGCUGCAUACGCUCAACCAAAUUCCGUCAUUCCCAACGGCAGGCUUCCGACUCUGCCAAUGGACCUAAGAGGCUUAAUGGACAGAGUACAGAAGACUCUUAUCGAACUGCAGCGUGUGGCAACCGAGGCCCCGGAGCAGCAUUAUACGGAUUUGCCACGUUCUCAUCCUGUCCUCGAUGUGUUGGAUGCUCUAUAUAGCUUGAUUAUCAGGAGUGCGCAGGGACCUGAAGCUUUCGACAUAUUUAUUGUCGACAACAUUUGUUCAAUGCUUUUCAGUGGUAUUGAGGAAGAGCUUGUGAUUGAGAGCUUGGUGCAUGUGCUGGAGAAUAUCUGCCGCAUUGGGGGCCGUACUGCUAGCCGUGUUGCUGUCCUCAUUGGACAUCAACCAGGCGAGGCUUUCUUGAGCGUGCCCCUAGCCACUGCACUGAUCAGAGCAGAGAUGGUUGAAUGGCCACGUAUCGACUUGGCUACUUCCAAAGCAUUGAUGCAGCGAAAGGAAGGCUCCUUGGAAUUUCUGUCUUCCCUACUAGACAGUGUCCUUAUUAAUGACCGGCCCAUUGCACUGUACGCAGACUUUGCAAAGAGCUUGGAAGUUGCAUGGCAGUGGAUUCAAGAUGAACCUUCCCUCGAAGUCGGCCAAACGCUCAAGCAGAAGCUUACUAGCUCUGGUCUCCCACAAGCUCUAAGCCGCGGCGGUGAUGAGCAACUUGCUGCUCGUCAAGAUCAGAUGGAGUAUGUUUUUGAAGAGUGGAUUCAUCUAUGCACCAAUCCGAAUGCCACCGAGAAAGCCGCACCUAACUUCAUUUCUCAAAUGUACAACAAGCAGAUCAUUAACAACAGGGAUGACCUGUGUCUAUUCCUGCGCUUGUCUAUUGACUUCUCUGUCGACCGCUUUGAGGCUCACAUUCAGAAUAAUGGCACUAUCAUUGAUGCCUACAUUCCGAUUGACUCCCUAGGGAAGUUUAUUGUCAUGCUUGUCAAAGGUCAUGAACGGGAGGGCGGAGUUAAAGGCGAUAGAGCUGCAUUCCUCAAAUCAGUUCUAUCUCUCAUUGUGCUGGUCUUGAAUCACCAUCAUCUCACUCGUGGGGAGCAUUUCAAUCAAAAAGUCUUCUCGAGAUUGUUUUCCACUAUCUUAUGCGAUUUCAAUACUUCGGCGGAUGCUUUCAGCGAAAUAGAACGCAAGCAGAUUCUCUUAGUGUUUGCACAGAUCUUUUUAGAUCUUCGACCAUCCUACUUCCCGGGAUUCAUGUUUGGCUGGCUUGGUUUAAUCUCCCACCGGGAUUUCUUACCUGUCCUCAUGCGACUUCCGGGAGAGGCUGGAUGGGAGCCUUUUUCCAACAUCAUGGAAAGCUUAAUGUUCUAUGUUGGGGAAUUGCUCAAACCAAUGAGUAUCGCAACAGUCACGAAAAUCAUUUAUCAAGGAGUCCUCAAGUUGCUCGUCAUGUUGCAGCACGACUACCCGGAAUUUGUGGCUGCAAAUCAUUCUAAGCUCUGCGCCAAUGUUCCCAGUCACUGUAUUCAAUUGCACAACUUGAUCUUGAAUGCCAAUCCGGCGGCGUACUCAAAGAUGCCUGAUCCCUUGCAGCCCGGAUUGAAGAUUGACCGUAUCGACGAGAUCAGAGAGUCGCCGGAGAAUAUGAACGACGUCGAGGCACCCCUUCGACAAACUGGACUAUCCGAUGUCCUUGAUCAAGCCCUUCAGUCUGGCCCCUCAGAGGAUGCUGUGGCUGUUAUUGCGCAUGAAAUCCAGAAAAAGCAAGGGCGUGAGACCGGUUUUGCUUUUGUACCCAUCAAUGUGGACCUCAAGCUGAUCGACUCUAUUGUUGUAUAUGUGGGUAUGCAUUCAAUUGCAAAGGCUGCGCAGAAAGGUGGCCCGACUUACGUUCAAUCAUCACCCGAUGCCGCACUCCUCUCCAUGCUCGUUCACGAGUUACAUCCUGAAGCACGAUAUUACUUUAUUAACAGCAUUGUCAAUCAACUUCGAUUCCCGAAUGCGCACACACAUUACUUUGGCCAGGCACUUCUAGAGCUCUUUGGCAGUGAUCACGAUGAACCGGAAGACUCGGAUAUUCGCCAGCAGAUCACUCGAAUCUUAUUAGAGAGACUCAUUGGGCAUUGGCCACAACCAUGGGGUCUCAUUGUCACGAUUCUCGAGCUCAUCAAGAACGACAAGUACAUGUUCUUUGAAUUGCCGUUCAUCAAGUCAGCACAAGAGGUUGGCGAACGCUUUGCAGCUCUUGUACAACGACCUUUACCAAUGUAA